GCUUUCUUUUCCCCCAAGUCAUGUCCGCUCGUCUGGUGUACCGGUUUGUGAGCCGCCGCUUCGUCGGAGGGUUCGUAUUAGGGGCGGCGGUGAGCAGCGCUUCCUGUCUGGCAGCCGUGCAUCUGUAUGAUCGGAAGAAAGCGGAGCCGGGAACACCGGAACCGGUGAAAAAGUCGCCUUUCGAUGAAUUUGGAUUCCCGCAGAGCGGCACUGAAGUGAGACAGUAUGUUAGUCACGCUUUGUCCUAUGAUCAAGAAAAGAAGACUCCCCGAUGGGUGAUUGAACAUCUUACAAGGGAGAAAACUGUUGGCAAUGCCGACCGGAAACACUGUAAAUUUAAACCAGAUCCAAACAUCCCAGAAAUGUUUAGUGCCACUAAUGAGGAUUAUUUAAAAAGUGGUUGGUCUAGAGGUCACAUGGCACCAGCGGGAGAUACCAAGUUUUCUACGGAAGCAAUGGCUGAAACAUUCUAUCUUUCCAACAUCGUGCCUCAAAACUAUGAAAAUAACGCCGGCUUCUGGAACCGUCUUGAAAUGUAUUGUCGAGACCUGACAGAGCGAUUUGAUGAUGUGUGGGUGGUUAGUGGCCCCUUAACAUUGCCGGUGCAGCAUGAAGAUGGCAAAAAGAGUAUCACUUAUCAGGUGAUCGGCAAAGAUGAUGUAGCAGUGUCAUCACACUUAUUCAAAGUGAUCCUCGCGCGGAAGAACCAGUCUGCAGAGACGCUGGCUGCAGGAGCUUUCGUUGUCCCCAACAUUCCAAUCAGCUUUGAUCACCAGUUGCCUGAAUACCAAGUGGAACUUGAGGAUCUGGAGAAGAAGUCUGGCUUAGUUUUCUUCCCCCAAGUAGACAGAUCUAAAGGAGUCAAAAGCCUCUGUGAGGUGGACACCUGCAGACUCAUCCAGCUAGAUGAGUUCAAGUUGUACUUAGCAUCCAGAAAGAUGAAGAAUGCACAAAACGUGCAGAAGGUCGAGAAGAUUAUGCGGGAACUUGAUGAGGCUAAAAUACAGCCAGACAAAUAUCUCUUAGACCUUUAUGAACAGAAAAUGGAAGACUUGAGUUCAAACGAGACAUCUCUCCCACGAGAAGAAAGGAGAGGAUAAAGGGAAUUUUUAUUUGCCUCAUUUCAAUUUACAUACCAAUAAAAAC